CCGCGCCGCCGCCGAGGCUCUAGCGCGAGCCCGGGAACCCUGAGACGGUGGUCCCCGGGACGCACGUGAGCAGGAGGCCGCUGCUAGGGGUAUACCCCUAGCCGGGGUCGUCUCGCGGGCAGUCGCAGUAAGAGGGCUUUUCUAGCCUGGCUGCCACAUCCACCGGGACACUCCCAUGGCGCCGCUGCUGCGUUUUUGCCGCCCAGCUACGUCGCGACUGCGGCCCAGGGAGCGCUCCCACGUUGUCACCUGGCGCUGUCGAUCCGUCGGUGGAGUUGUGGCUUUCCAAGCCUCCGCCCUCUCUAGACAUCAGCUUGAAGGAGGGGAGGGAAUUGCCAACCAGCCGCUCGCAACGGAACCGGCCGCCCCCUUUUAAAUGAAACACAACUUCCGAGCAUUUCGCAGAGACCCUUGAAAAGAGGCCCAGGGUCCCGGUGGGGCUGGACCCUGCCCGCCACCCGCGCUCCGUGUGGCCGCUCCCUCAACCAGGUGUGCUCAUCUUUUGCUACAGGACCCAGACAAUACGAUGGAACAUUCUAUGAAUUUCGUACUUAUUACCUUAAACCCUCAAAGAUGAAUGAGUUCCUGGAAAAUUUUAAGAAAAACGCUCAUCUUCGGACAGCUCACUCUGAAUUGGUUGGAUUCUGGAGCGUAGAAUUUGGGGGCAGAAUGAAUAAAGUGUUUCAUAUUUGGAAGUAUGAUAAUUUUGCUCAUCGAACUGAAGUUCGGAAAGCCUUGGCCAAAGAUAAGGAAUGGCAAGAACAAUUUCUCAUUCCAAAUUUGGCUCUCAUUGAUAAACAAGAGAGUGAGAUUACUUAUCUGGUACCAUGGUGCAAAAUAGAAAAACCUCCAAAAGAGGGAGUCUAUGAACUGGCCACUUUUCAGAUGAAACCUGGUGGGCCAGCUCUGUGGGGUGAUGCAUUUAAAAGGGCAGUUCAUGCUCACGUCAAUCUAGGCUACACAAAACUAGUUGGAGUGUUCCACACAGAGUACGGAGCACUUAACAGAGUUCAUGUUCUUUGGUGGAACGAGAGUGCAGAUAGUCGUGCAGCUGGGAGACAUAAGUCCCAUGAGGAUCCCAGAGUUGUGGCAGCUGUUCGGGAAAGUGUCAACUACCUAGUAUCUCAGCAGAAUAUGCUUCUGAUUCCUACAUCGUUUUCACCAUUGAAAUAGUUUUCUACUGAAAUACAAAACAUUUCGUUAACUGCUCUAAGAUGUGUCUGCUAAUGGUGCUUAAAUUCUCCCAAGAGGUUCUCACUUUUAUUUGAAGGAGGUGGUAAGGUAAUUUGCUAUGUUUCUUGCAUUUUGAAGGCUAUAUCUGUGCUUUGUAACUACCACUUCAAAAAAUAGUUCUGUUUACUUUCUCCAUGGUAUUUCAGUAUUUGUCAUACAUUAAAAAUACUUGUUGCUCUUUUAAGAUCUUGACUCUUCAUUUGUUUCAGAAUAUCUCUUCUACUGUAUUCUGACAACUCUUUGCUUUAUAGCAUUUUCUUGUAUUCAAAUGAUAAUGGUAAUAUUUCCAUGCUUGUGACAGCAUUUUAUAUUUAUAAAAAUAUUUUAAAUUAUUAAUAUAUUUUAUCAACCUUUCCAUCAUGUCUGUUUUCCUGUUUUUUUUUGUUUUUUGGUUUUUGUCCAGUAAAAUUUAUUUUGUAAUACCAAAUAGCAUUCAUGAAAAUUAACAUAUCUCUUUACUGUGGAAAACCACAUUGUCAUUUGUGACAUCUAUAUUAAAUACGGUUUUCACAUUAGUUAUUUGUCACUUACUUGGAAAAUGAUGCUGUUAGGUCCUAGUAUUAAAAAUCUAGAAAAGAUUGUUGGUUUAUAUGCUGAAAUGUCUUUAUUUAUAAUUAAUUUUAACUAAUAUUUACUUCAUUUUGGAUCCUGUUUAACAAAGAUACUCGAGACAUCCAUUCGUUUUAAUGAAAUCUUUACGGAUAUGGAAAUGUUUGCCCUAAUAAAAGCCUACAUAUA